GGUUGUUCAUUUUCAAUAUGGCGGAACAGGAAGGGUUUUGAGGGAUGAGGCAUGGAUUUGAUCUAUAACGUACUGUGGUCAACAGAAAAGCCUUUAAAGAGGUAAAAGGAAUCUUAAGUACUUGGAUUAUACCACAUGCGAGUCUUGGUUCUCUUGCGUUACUCUUGCAUUGUUUUUGUCUUUCUCCAAAAUAACAUGUACAGCUGCUGAAGAAAGCUCAACAAGAGAAAAUGCUUGGGUUUGUCAUUAUCAUUGCAAUAAUUAUAUUUAUUUUAGGUGUUCUGGUGAUUUCUGAAGAUUGCUAAAUGUUAUGACCUUUUAGUAUGUUGUAAUAAAGGACUGAACAGCAGCAGUACGUUUGUAACUGCACUGUUUACUGGACGUUUUUGAGUGAAUAAUGAAUUCAGUUUUUCACUUUAAUGAACGAAGAUUUCCGAAUUGUGAGUCAGACUUGAGAACUUGUCCUAUGUGAGUGUGAUUGAUGCUUCUGAUCCGCAAGUGCAUAAGUCACCCACAAUGUGGACAUGGGAUAAGGUAACUGGUCAAGUUACCCGAAAGUCAUCUCACCUGAAGUUAUGUCUCCUGAAACCAGCGUUAUGUCGCCCAAAAUAUUUUUUUAAGUUAUGUCACCCAAAAUUUUAUUAGGCGCAAUGCACCUUGGUUUGAUCACUCUACUGCUUUUAAUAAAUUAUCCAUUGUUGGGGUGAGCUAAAAAGCUUAAGAGCUCAAAGAGUUGGUGAGGUCAGUUUAAGCCUUACAACUAGUCGAAAGGCUGGCAAUGCCCCUGCUAAUACAUUGUAAAAGAUUACUUUUAUAGAACUAGUGGUGAGGAGCGAGGAGCAAUGGCUGCUUUCGCAGGCUAACACAGAGCCUGAAGCUUCCAAAUUUUUUUUAGUGACUUCAUUUUCUAAGCUGUGCUCCUCACAUUUUUUAGCUGAGCACCUAAAAGUUUUGGCAGUGGGCCGAGAAAUUUACAUCUGCUAGCACAUGUUCUCCUGAAGCCAAAAAUAAACUUUGAGCCCUGUUAAGGGAGCUGGUUUAAAGUAAAACAAUCAACAGUAGCAACAAGGUUUUAAAAAAUCUUUCUUAAAUAUUAUUAUUACCUCAAUUGGCAAAAAAUAUUACAGGUGUAGUCUAUACUUUUCAUCAGCCUGUAAAUUAGACUACCUUUACCUACCCUGUUUAUGAAGUAGCUGAUAUACAUUUUUAUUGAUACAAAACAACUGUCUAAGCAUCAUUCUUCUGACUGUUCUGUAGCAAUCUUUGUGGAAAAGUUGUGGCUGCUUGGUCCUGCAGAAAUCUAAUAGCAUUCAGUACUGGGUACAGAAAACUUACACGUAGUACUACUGAAGCGAGCAAUGCAUGCUCUUCAAAUGACCAAAAUUCAAGGUGAAGACACUUUUCAUAGACCUAAUUUAGAUAAUACUAGUAUAUAUGAUAAUUAUUAUUGAAGUAUGUUGUCUUGCGUGUUUAAAACCAACCUUGUUUUGACAGUAACUUAACUUCUUUAGGUCAAUAAUAUAAUGCAAACUAGUAUUAAGCUUAUUCUAAAUUCAAAAAGUAGAAUGUGUUGAAAAAUGUUUUCUUGCACGUACAUCACUUAUAACCAAAAAUUAUUUGUUAAAGGUUACCAUCACUCUCCUAACAUUUUCACCAUUCUUCUUAAUUUGUUUUUGCUUUCCCCCUUCAUCGUAAUAACCUGUUUUUUGUAAGUGUAGUUAUCCUUUGUAAAAUGUUCUAGAUCACAAAUAACAAAUGGCAUACACAUCUUUGAUCCGGAUACACCAUGGGAUGUUUGCAGGUAAUUAUGUUUAUGCUGUGUGUCUUACCUUAUUGCUGGUCAAUAUGAGUGAAAUUUGUCCAUAUCACAAUAGCAUGCACCAAAACAUGGAUUCUUCUUUUAUUCGUCCUUUGCCUGUACCAUUCCACACUUUUGCAGGGUUCCCAGUACCAUUUCUCGUAUUAAUUUUUCACACAUGCUUAAGUCCUUUUGCUUGAAGAUCAUGGCUACAUUAAUCUUAUGACCAAAUCAGUGUAUGACUUUUGCUUUUUAGUUGUGAGGGGUGGUGACAAAUGAGCUUCUUGGUAUCCUUGUUACAUAUCCUUAAACCUUUACAGUGAAUACAUUGUAUUUUGUAUGUAAAAUCCAUUCUCAGUUUAAGGUCAUGUAGAUAAGUAUAAUAAUUUCAACCUGGUCUGAUUUGGAAUGUCCUUUGUUGCCUGGCUCUAAUCAUUUGUGGGGUACAAUGGAAAUUCUGGUUUAAACUGAGAACAGAUCUCACCUACAACAUAAUGUAGGUGAAGCCAUAUUCCUUGACCUUUUUGUGAAUUGCCCUAGAUUUGGUCACCUGCCCUGAGAAAUUUUAGGCGAGCAAAAUAUUACAUGUUUCAGUUGCUGGUCUUGGACUAACUUUCAAUAUAAUUUUGCCUUGUUAACCACUGAUGACUCUGAAUCAAAAAAAUUGCUCACAAUAGUGGGUACCUGUGGAUGAUGAAACUAAAUUUUGUACAUCGUAUUCAUUACUACAACUGUGCAUAAGUGAAAGUGAUGGAGCUUACAGGGUCUUUGAAGAGAAAAAAUAGGAAAACUGAGACCUGUCCCAACAUCUUAUUUCAAAAUUAAUACUUGUUCUACGAAGUAUUAACCAAGUGUAUGCUAUAGAAUGCUAUUUUAAUACUGUAUCAUUUUUGUGAAACUCAAGUUUUAGUUCUGGUCACAAGGAAUUAAUUCAAAGUCUGACAUGGGAUGGCACUGGUUCAAGACUUCUUUCUGCCGACCUUGUUGGUGUGUGCAAACUGUGGGUUAUGAAGGUAAAAAAUAAUGUUGUAAGCAGGCCUGCAAAUAAUGUUUCUUUUUAGAAAGGAUGUAUGUGUGACUAGGCCACCAUUUUGGUCUAACAGACUAGAAAUGCUGUUGCCCAUGGUUGUUCCUUGGUGCCUUUAUACUUUUGCUCUUGUGAAACUAAGAAAUUUAUUUUUUUCAUAGAAAUCUAAUACUGGGCACCUGCAUUUUACAGAUUCUGAGCACUUUAUGUGUAGGCUCCCUUCAGGUUUUCCUAGAGCUCAGCCUUACAAAGGACUGUCACACAUACAUGCAUCUAUUAUUUUAAGUUAUACUUUAAUUUUAUGGUUGUUUUUUUACUUUUUUGUCACUUGUUUUAAUAUGCUUCAACAGGGCCACAACAAAAAGUCUGCUGACAGACUCUUUAAAAAUCCUGAAUUAAGAAAUUUAAAUUGACAUACUGAAAAGCAAAUUCCUGUUGUUGUCUCAUAAUAUAAUUUUAACAGGACCACAUGGUUAACGACUGGGAGUCUGUGUGUACAGUUGAUGUGGGUGAAGGAGAAAGAUUAGUGGCUUUGUCAUGGAUAGACACUGGUGUCAAGGUACAGUGUGAUAUUUUAUAAAGAAGAUAAAAUGAGCUGGCUUGCACGAUUUUCAUUUGACUGGUGUUGUGACAUGUGUGGCAGAAUUUGUCAACAAUCAAUGAAAGUAAUAGGCAUUGAAGAAUCUUGUGUGCUCCAUAAUUCUCUGCAGCAAUAAUUUUUUUUAAAAAAAGUUCUCAAUGAGCUCUUUCUAAUCAUCUAAAAAUUGCAAGUAAAUUAUUUUGAUUUAAUGAAUGGGUAACCUGGAUGAUACCUUAAGCUUUGUACAAGGGUUUCAUUAACCCUGGAUAAAUUCUGGUUUCACCCGAGAAUGGAUUUUACCUGCAUUGCUAUAGUGCGUAAAGCAUUUAUGUAACUUCUUCAAUAAAACUGCUUUAAUACGUUAACAAACACCACACACCUCAGUCUAGCAAAAGUGUUCAGUGGCAGUGCAGUAGUGAACAGCCACUUAAUAACACUGUUCUAAAGUUCAAACAAUGGCCAUGUAUUUUUUUUUUACAUAAUUUAAUGUUGACAUUAUUUUUUUAAAGAGUUAAAGAAAAAGUUUUACUGAGUUGUACUACUCUAUCUUGAUUUGGUGAUAAUGACUUGAGUUUUGAUGCUGCAUUACUUACCAACAGAAUCUGUUCAGCUUGUUUGGUGAUGAUUCUCAUUUUACUGCACCUGUUCCUAAGAAGCUCAGCGAUCGCUUCAUAACCAACAAAAGCAAACCCCCAUUAGUGGAGAUAGGAGGCAUGAGAGCCCGGGAUGGUUGGGUGGCAAUCAGUGAAACUGGUCUAGUAAGUUGUCUCUUGAUUCUUGCCCCGCCCUCAUCAUUUUUUGUUUUAUUUUGUUUUUAGUUAUUACAGUCAAGCCAGGUCAAGCGUACCCCACAAAAUUCCAUUAAUGAAUUUAUUAUUUGAAAGUUGAGUCUGUUAGCAAUUGUAGAUUUCAGAUUCAUCUCUACAUUCUUGCAUGCGUAAUGAGCCGUGAAUUCACACGCGAUUCAGUUACGAAAUUUCUAUCAGUUUCCCUGAAUUUGAUGUAAAUGUCUUCUAAGAAUUGUAAUUCAUUCAAAGAUUUUCAGUCUGACCAAAUACAAACAAGCUCUCAUAAAUUAUUCACUGCUUAUUACUCAUGCAGUAAUUCCGAUUUGAAUUUGACACCAGUUACGUGAACAAUUAACGGAUUCAUUUUUCAAAUAAUCAAUUCAUUAAUAGAAUCUUGGGGGGCUACGCUUGACCUGUUUUGACUGUAAAAAAUGAGGGAAAGACAAUUCUAUUUUGAGGAAGGAAGGGGCACUAGGGCCUUCUGAAACAAGGCAGGAAAAAAAAAUUGAAAUCCACUUGCCCUGUGAGCAAGUAAAUUUCAUUUUCCACUUGUCCGCACCUAAAUAUAACUUGCCUGAAGGGAACAAAAUGCCUUAUCAUCUAAAGUAACGUACUGUACAUAAUUAUUUUAAGUUAUAGAUUAGUAUGUGUAAUCAAAUGGUGACAAGUGAAAUUAGGGAAUAAUUUCAUGCGCGUUUAGGCUCGGGUAAUUAUUAGGAUUUGGACAAAACACAAGUGAAAUUAUUCCCUAAUUUCACGAGUAUACCAUUUGAUUACCUAUUAAUAUCAUGGGUGACGAAUUACCUUAGCAAUCGAGGAUUUUUGACUUGUUUGUCCUCAAUUGUAUCGAUCUAUCGUGAACUCCACUCUCUCAAACGUUUAGAGCAGAAAUUUGGCUUAAGUUUUUAGAAUUUUUCGACAACAUACCUCUAAGAAUCCUUCUUGAUGUGCUCUUUCGUGUGUUCAGGUCAUCUAAAGCAUCUUUUAUGCCCUGACAUCUUCAUUCAUGACAUUUUAAAACCUCGUUGCCAUCUUGAAACGGAGACCUACGGCAGGUUGCCAUGGCAAUUUAGUAAUUUCACAUGUGAAAUUACAAAUUAACGCUGAAAUUUCGCGCCAAAAUUAAGGAGUAAUUCGUCACCUUUGAUAUUAUAACAAUUAACUACAGGGUUUGACCAAUAUGGUGACGGCAGGAGUAGCACAAGCAAGCAAAUGUGCACUUGGAUUUUAAAUUGAUUAUUUCUUGCUAUCAACUAAUUGUGUCACUCAUCUUGCAGUCUUCAGUUUUGAAAUAAUUUCUGUCUGGAAAAUAAUUAUCAGUUACCAACACUGACACUUUCAGACAGACUCACUGGACCACUGAUGUUAAUAAUAUUUCUCUUGCCCACUGGGCCUCCAAACUUCAAUUUUUACUUGCCCAUGAUCAAAAUUUACUUGCCACAGGCAAUCAAGCCUGGGUUUUUUCUUGCCCUGUGAAAACCACUAAAUUAAGGACAAAAUAGAGAUGAAAAAUUGGAACACCUGUAGGCUUCAACGAUCAAAAAAUGCGCUCAAAUCUCCAGCUGUGAUAAAAAAAAGGCUUGAAUUGAAGUCAAAAGAAAAUACAAAGGUAGUUCAAAACUUUGUUUGCAAGAUGACAACUAAGGUUGGUUUCCAAUUCUUUUGGUGAAAAUUAACAGCUUGUCAGCAGUUUUAGUCGUGUAUAUUGUACACAAAGCAAAAAAAAAAAAAAAUAGACCAGAAAACUAAAGCUCUGCUAACUUUAUGAUUUUUCAGAUUUGUGUUACAACCACGAAACCUGAGGUACAAAUCACAAGAAAGUGCUUGGCACAGGUGCGGGCACGAGUUGCUGUAGCUGACCUUGCAUUUACCAACAGUAAGUUAAAGAUCCUGACCUGAAAUGUUCCUCUAGAUCCUCCAGUUACCCAGUGUCUGAUCUAGGAUUUCCAGCUAGGGGGGCCAAUGUGUCCCAGUCAACGAUAUUCAGUGGAACAUUUUGUUUUUGGGGAGGUCACUUAUUUUUUUUAUUUUUAUGUACUGGGUGAAUAUGUUACCAACAAAUGUCAUAUUCUCUGAAUUUUGGUUCUUGCUUUACUUUUAAUCUUCUAAAAUUUACACCAAAAUAUUGUUUGAAAACGACUUUGCACAAGGACAAAUAACAUUUCCUUGUGUCUUUGUCUUUUGAAUGACAAUUUGAAGUGCGCCAAAAUGACCCAGAACAGGUUUUUUGAAGGAGACAUCUUUGCUCAAACUGUGGCAAUCCGCAAUGGCAUGCUCUAGAUCAGACACUGGUUACCACUUUAAUUUUGUUUAGCUUUUAUCUCCUAUACCCCUUGAUUAUAAUAUCAUACUUUAUUGAAUGUACACCUUGUUUACAGUACAGGGUUAAGUCGCAUAAAUCUUAGCAUCAGUCAUAAUAACUGAUGCUUUGCUUCCAGCCCAUUCAAACUCUUUAAUGCCAGAUGUCAGCAGUCUGAGUGAUAUAAAGACAGAGUUCAUCAGGAAAUUGAGUAAGUUCAAUUUUCAGUGGACAAAAACCUUGUACCAGAAUAAUUGAAAAUUAUUGCAUUCUUCUUUUACACUUUUCAAGGGUUAUAGAUGUAAUAACACCAAAGAAAAUUUAUUAUGAGAGCCCGACAAAAUGAAUGCCAAAUUUCACAAAAUGACAUCUUACACAUAACAUUUUUAGAAUUUUACCCAUGUUUUCACAAUUCUUGUGAAAUUUGACAGAUAUUUUUUUGGGCUCCCAUGAGAAGUAGUCGUUGGUGUUAUUAAAAGAAUGCAGUAUUAAACUGUUCUGGUACAAGGUUUUUGUCCACUAAUAAUUAAAAUUCCUCAAUUUCCUGAUGGAUUCUGUUUUAAGUCUUUACCCUAAGCCACGUGAUUACCUGUAUGCUGAAUAUUAGUACUGUAUACACUGUACAUUGACUAUUUUUCAGGAUACUCAGGGCUUAAAGAAUGUCCUGUCCCCUUGUCCUGGACCAGUAGAUUGUCAUUUUGGGCAUAAUAAUUAUUUCUAACCUCACUUGUCCAAUAGACAAGGGCCAUGCGCCUGUUUCUUGCUGGUAACUUUUCGGGCCCUAAAAGCGGCUUCAAUUUUGCCGUGUUUGCAUUCAAAAUCAAACUGUCAAUUAUUUUGAAAAUGAUACAAUGAAACUAUCAGUUAAAGAAGCAAAAUUGACCAGUUUCUGAGCUAGGAACUGUGCUUCUAAUGAACAAGUUUUGGUUUUAAAUUUGCCUUUCAGUUUGGGCCCAAAAAGUUACUUGGCCUUUCAAGAAAGAGGCCCCAGGCAAGUCAUCUGGUAACUAAAUCAUUAGGUACACUUAUGUGUAAGGCAAGUAUGCAGUGACCCUCCAUGGCAAAACAAAAAUGUGAGAGAUACUUGUGUAAGGGACACACUGGAUUUAAACUUUUUUUUGGAGCUCUGAUACAGCCUUGGCAAUAGAGUGUAACAUACAUGUGUUGUUGCCUUGGGCGAUUUUAAAAACUUAAUUUCAUGAUCAAACAUUUAAGCAAUGAACCCCAAAGUAAUUUUAUCUGAGUUAGAACUUUUCUGCUCUAAUCUAUAAUAAGAUGAUAGUGAGGAGGCCAGAAUCAGAAUCAGAUUUCUCGUCUUACUGUAUUUCUUUUCUGUUAAUUUUCUGGCUUUAAUUUUAUUACCCUUUUCUUGCCUAAAAAUGUAUGGUAGAAAACGAGACUUUGCCAGCAUAUACUUAAUUUAAAGAGUGUUAAAGUAACUUUUUUGGUAAAAAUCUUCUUUUAGAGGGCAAAGUGAUUGUGGUUGCAAACGAUGGUGAAUUAUGCAGUGCGGUACAGUUCUACAGAGUUUCUUUAUCUGGUGGUCCAGGUAUUUAAAAGUUACCAAAAUCAACUGUUAUGUCAACACCAUAUUAAGUAUUAAGUAAGGAGGGGAAGUCUAAAACUUCGUUAAAGCUACACUGUACAAUACCCUGCAAAUCAAGAGGUGCGGGUGGGUUGCGAAGAAAAAGGGUGCGACACUCUUUUCUACCCCUACCCCAGCUUGCUCCCCCUUUCUCUGCUCCAAGAAGACAUUUCCACGAGAACUCCAGUUUUUGUCACUCCUCAAAACCAACAUGUCCAUACUGAAAUUCGAUCUUCAAAGUGUCUCCAGUUAGUUGGGGCCAGAUGUUUAUCAGUUCUUGAAAAAGUCAAGUGUCGCCCCCUCUUAAUAAGGUUAGUUCUAAUCCCCACAUUCGAAAGCUUGCAAGCACCCCGUAAAGAACAGUCUGAUGGUAGUGUGUUUUUUUAAAAGGAUGAGGGAAGGGCUGAAAACAAGAAAUCCUUUUGUAGUUCAAGUUUUAAGUUUCGAUUCAUAAAUAAAAAUUAAUUGCACGAAACGUCACUAGCCCACAAAAUAGCUAAAGUUAAUCUAGGUGGGCUGUGAGACUUGAAAUCGAAUACCGUAAAUUCCCUAUGAACCCCUUCGGGAAGGCUUUUUUAUUUCAAGCACGUUGAAGGGGGAAGGGGCUUAAUAGAAAGGGGGGUUUAUUUGAGAGGGGAUUUCAUUGGUUAAAAGGGCCGUAGAGCGCCCCGUAUCACCAAAUUAAAGUACACUUACCGAUACGGGGCGCUCUACUGAUUUUAAACCAACCAGAAGAUGGUAUCAAUUCUCCAUAAAGAACUAGGGUGCAAAGUGGAAAAGCAUGACGAACAUGACGUUGGGGGUAUUACAGCCGAAGAUCAAAACAAAUCCAAACUAACAGCGCAUGAAUAAACCAUACCGGAUUAUUCUAGCUUUUAAUAAUUUGGUGGUGAAGAAUAAGGACGGAAGGGAGGUGGACUUAAAGAGAGGGGGGCUUAAUAACUUUCUUCCCCCGAAAAAAAGGGGGGGGCUUAUUAGAGAGGGGGGCUGAAUAGAGGAUUUACACGGUAGUAAAGAUUAGUAGAGGUUGAUAAAGCGUGGUAUGCAGAGUAUUUUCCUGGAGCAAAUCUACAUAGUGAAGACUGUUCAUAGCGUUGUAUAACACAAUGUUGGUUUUUUCAGAUGGCUGCCAGAUCACCUCUGAUCCUCUUCCCUGUUUGUUUCCUCAUUCUCACAGUGAGCAAGACUGUAAGUAAUUUAUUUUCCUUUUAAAGACAGUUAAAAUUUCUUUACCCUUUUUGUUUUAAAUUGCACUAGAAUGGGAUUUCGUUUUCUGACCUGCAUUUCUAGUCCUAGUAAAAGUCGUUAUUUAUUUACUUAUUUAUUGGAGAACUUUACAUUCUAAGACGAGGAAGGCUACGAGGUCCAGCUUUUAAGUAGAGCACGCGCGUGAACCGGCGCCAUGUUGGAGGGAAAACGCCAUAUCAGUGGUCUUUCUACCAGGGGUUGUAGUGGCGGAAAAAUGAGUUAUCAAAUGUUACAAGUUUUAUCAUUAUGCAUUCAUGGGAGGUCUUAAUCUCCUCCAAUAAAAAUAACCGUGCUCACUUUUCUUGAGAAAAAAAGUAAAAUGACUGUCCCUGGGAUGUCUAUUUUUUUUUUAAAUACACGACAAAACACUUAAAGUCAAAUUUCUUCCUGGCGGUUGCCGUCGUCCUCGAAUCUUAAGGUCUCUCUUUUUCAACCGGACAGCUCUCUGGUCCAACUUUCAACGAGAGUUUCAUGCAGCUGAUAUAAACAUUUCAAGUGAAUAACAUUGUCUUAUGGAAGUUGUAGUACGCUUCACAGUAAUGAGUCAGUGUACACGUUUUAGAAUCACAGCGCGCAAUGUUUUCGAAUAACUAUAUUUGCCCACUUUUAGCUGUUUAUGGUUUAGUCAUCUUCUGUCAGCUUCGCUAUGUUAAUGGGUGAUAUUUUUAAAGAGGAAUGUGAUUUUUCAGUUAGUUCCUUCUCUUUUCAGUUGCAGAAUACCGUGUGAGUAACAUCCAGUUUUUAUCCAAGAACUCUGGAGAAGGAGUCUUAGUUUGCACCUUUGGUGAGUGUGAUAUGCAUUCACUUUAGUUUCCAGAUUCAAAGUCUCUUGACGCGCGACCCAAACCGGAAUGACUUUAUUUAGAAUUCAUGCAUUUACGUGUAACGGGCAAAGCGGUUCCCUUAAAAUCUUCUGAAAUGUAAACGUAGCCAUUCUAAAACUUAGAUACUUUAGCUUUUCGUCAUUUUGUUAUGAAUAACUUUAUAGCUUGCUUUUAUUAUAGGGAUUACCAACGUAAUUCAACGUGUAACGGGAAUAGGGCCUUCGAAGGGUAUCAGCUUUCUUGACCUUUUCAGUGGUUUGUGGUGACAACAGGAACAAAUAAUCUGAACACACCAAAAGUUUUAUUGAGUCUUGAUAAACCGAUUGGGCAUAAAAUUCAUAGUGCUAUCCACGGGAUAAAUCACUAUCUAGCAGAUAAGUAUUUAGUUUGGAUAAUCAAUUGUCCUAUCCACUGGAGAGAGAUUUAUCAACAGCAUUAUUCAACGUACAAACAUCUGGCGCUAGAUGAAUAGCCCCAGCCGCAUUAUGCUUGUAUGCAGUCAAACAAACAUAAUCAGGGUUGCCACGGUCAGGGAAAAGUCAGGGAAAAAACAAAAAUUUUUCAAGGUCAGGGAAAAGUCAGGGAAUGAUUUAAAAAUCCGGUUAAAAUCUUUGAUAUUGUCAAAGUCAGUGAAAAGUCAGGAAAUUCUGUUUUCCGGUUUAGAGUUCAUAAGUUUUUUUUCAAAAUUUUGAAAUGCAUUUUCUUUCGGAAAAGAUGAAAAGUAUGCUGCAAAGCAAGCAGAGCAAUCGAUUUGACACUCUACGCCUAACACAUGUAGUAGUUGUGGUCAGUGGUUUUCGUUGUGAUUGCUUUCUUCCAAAUUUCUUCUUCCUCUUUCCACGAAAAGCUGAAAUGGUUGAAAAUGAAGACAAAAAUAUCGAUAGCCUGCAAAAAAGCUAAAGCGAAUGUAAACAUUGAUUGUUUCUCAUUAAUAAAGGUCGUGAAAACUGUUUAAAGGUCAGUAAAAAGUCAGGGAAUUUUUAACUUUCUGAUGAGUGACAACCAUGAUAAUGGCUGCAUACAUUAUGUUUCAAAUCAGUGGUAACUGGAAAAAAGGGUUCGUCAUCAUCCUCACUUUUUCUUUCUUGAUUUGUUUUUUCAUCAUUAGGAAAAAGUGGGAGUUGCGUGAAACGGUGGGAAAUGAAGAAAAGUGAAAAACAGAUACAUGAGAGAUUCCAACAGAAAACCGCUGGUCAUUUACAUCCGAGCAUGCCGAACUACAGUGUACCAGUAUAUGUAAGUAAAUGCAGCAACAAUCAUAUUUACUUGUGACCAAUGAGGCUGUUCGGGGGACAGGUUUUUUCCUUACUAAAUUUGCUCUCGGCUGCCUGUCUUACGCCAGAGAAGAAAAGGUGUUCUUCCGCCCAUGCAUCUUUGGGAAGAAGUUGUUCAAAGAAUAUGUUAUAAUAAAUGAUCGUCAUGUUAACUUCAGUGACUUGUCCCUAGUUGCCUUCCUAUUCCUCCUUCCCAUCACUCCCUGCGCAAAAGGGUGUUUGAAUUUCGAAAGAAUAUAUUUUGUAACAUUAGGCUGCGUGCAAACGGACGCAACAACUCCCAACAUUGUUGCGCCAACAAUGUUGGAAGUCGUUGCGUGAGUGUUGGCAGUGGUCUGCAAACGGAUGCAACAACUCCCAACAAUGUUGGGACCUGCAGUGCAUCGUGGGAAGGGUACAACCCAUAAGUCUUUGUAAACCAUGCGUAAUGAGCGUGCGUGGCCCCAACAAUGUUGGAAGAGCUGUGCAAACGGAUCCAACAUUGUUGCGCUACGCUUCGGCGAUCACGGAACAAAAGAAAGGUUGGGAGCUAUUGCCUGAAAAGUUUUACCGGUUUCAAACUUUGCGCAACAACAACAGGCAACAACAUCCAACAACAUGCAUCAGGGUGUGCAAACGGACGCAAGAUGUAACAUCCAACAAUGUUGGGAAUUGUUGAUCAACAAUGUUGCAUCCGUUUGCAGGCAGCCUUAUGUUAUGUAAUAAUAUAAUUCUCAUGAUCUUUCUGUAUUUGUACCGUAUCUCAUUCCAGGAAUGGACCAUCAUUAACACGUAUAAAGAUCCUGCCAAUAUCGUAUCACUGUGCCUCCCGCGGUUACCAACGCCUAAAAUAGAUUUCUCACCCAUCAGUAACGUCUUAACAUACCCUGCAUCAAUCUUGCUGGUUCAAUAUGACGAUGAUAAGCUUCAAAUGUUGACCAGGUAGUGUUUUAGUUUAAUUUUACAGUCAGUAACUGCAGUAGGUAUAAGAUAAGAUUUUAAGUCGUACACUUUAGUCACUGGAAUAGUCAAAAACGUUUUUUCUAAUCAUCCCCUGGUUUAAGAGAACACUUUAAUGGCAAUAUCUGACUGGUUGUGCUGUGUAGUGAAUAAAAUGAAAGCUUGUUCAAGCUCGUCAGUCAUCAGGCAGAAUUAAAUUUUAAAGCAUCUGCAAUCCUGAUUGCCAUACAGUAAUCAGGUUGAUGCAUGCAUAACAGCCAAGUGGCUCCAGAGCCCUGAUAAAUGAGUUGGAGCCCUCCAUUUUAUCAUUCUAGAGUGGCACCGGUUGAACGCUGCCUAAGAUACCUUUUAUCACAAUUCAUUUGCUAAAUUUACAUGUACUUGCCUUAGGCUGAAUUAGUUUGAGAUAGUGUAAGAGCGUUACUGCAAUCUGACUUUGAGUGAAGGUGAAUAAUAUAUAACAGCGAAGGCAUUAGUUUUUGUUAAUUCAUGCCUUAAAAAACCUAUCACUGUAAAAAAAAGCUGUUUAUCUGUCUAUCACUUAAAAUUUCAUUUUGCAUUUCCUUUUUUCAAAGAACAAAGCAAGCAGCCUGUAAAACGAUCACACUUGACGUUCCUGCUCAUCACACGGAUGAGGGAAAGAGAGUUUGUUACUAAACUGUUGAUGCUUUCUACCUUUCAGUGUUGGCCUGAAACUGAUUGGUUCAUUUCGCACAAAACCUCAAAGUUCUGACGCUGACUUGGGUAGGUAUUAGUGAUGGUACUACAUAUAUAGGUACAGAUCAUAUGUUAAUCUAUACGCACCCACUUCGUGGAACGCUUUCAGGCCCCGACCGAUAUUACUGAAUCCGCAACUUUUUCUAUUUCGGCUACACUACGCAGUACAACAUGAAUAGAAAAACCAUUAGGUUUAUUUUGGCUGUUCCGCCGACCUCCGCAGAUAUAACAAUACAUUAUACAACAACUUCUAUUACAUUCAAAUAUGUGGUGUAAGAACUAGAACAGAGCUGAAUACACUAGAACAGAGCUGUUUACACAGAAUACUGUCAGAACAGAGGCCAGAAAAAACCUGCCGGAAAAAAACCUCAACAAGGAAAAAAACUCGGCAGGAAAUCUGGGUAGGAUCCAUGGCUCAUGCUCUGAAGAGCCCAUCCUACGAAGGCUACACGGCUGGAAGGACUUUGCCCUUAUUUACAAAACAAGUAUUCCAACAAAGGACGGCAAACUCUAAAUAAUUUAAGGAAACGCAAACAAGCUAAGAAACCCCUGGAAAAAUCGAACUGCAACUAGUAAAUCAAAUAUAUACUAAAAUAAAUAAAUAAAUAAAAAAUAACAUGAGCUAGACGAGGUGUCGGCCGAGGAUGCUUUCCCACAGGAUAAGCAUCCUUUUUAUAGCGCUUCAUUCUACCCAUACUGCACUUCAACUGCCCCAGUCCCCACUGUUCCCGUGCCGCAGAAAUAUUUCAUUUCCGGCUAAUUCGUAUCCACUCAAACGCCGGAAAUUCCAUUUUCGGAUACGGCUUCCGUCCACACGUAUUCGGUGAAUCCGGCAUACGAAUCCGCAACUUUUUUAAUCGGCUCUCCAGAGUGGAAAUUUUGGAAUACGCUAUAAAUCCGGAAUCAUGUGGACAGUAAAUCCGGAUGUUUUUUUCCAGUGACGUAACAAUUAAGAUCGAGCCUAGGGCCGGGUUGUUCAAAGCAGGGUUAACCCAGGGUUAGUGCAAAAUUUCAGUUCAGGUAUGAAAGCUUAAAAAGCAAAUUCAGUUUUAUCCUUUUUGUCUACAACUUGAUGAUUUGAUGCUGUAAAAAGAAUCGAGAAAAUCAUCCGGGAAAAUGCUUUUGAACAAAGAAAAAGAAACGCAGGUUAAAAUUUAACCCUGGGUUAGCGUAACCUGAGAUCAGGCUCUAUUUUCGUUUCGCUUUUUCAGCGGUAGCAGUUAGAGAGAAUGUAUGAGAACCGCUCAAAUUGGGCCUGUUCUCAGGUUAGGGUCAGCGCUAAUCGGCCUUCAAACAACUGGGCCCAGUUUUUUACCGUGAAUACUGUAUUCAAGAUGGCAACCUCGGUCCCAAGUUCUCUCAAGGAAGAGCAAGAUGCAUGCUCCGUUGCCAAUUUUUCCAAAGGAAUUCUGGGUACAAGAGUGAAUCCGAAUACCUUUCGGAUACCCCUGGACGGGCGAAUUCGAGUUGAAUACGGAUACGUGUGGACGUAGAAAUUUUUGAAUCCAGAAAGAAAAAGUUGCGGAUUCAAAAACAUCGGUUUCGUGUAGACGGGGCCUCAAUCUGUUCAACUCUCCGCUACCUUUUCACUCAGUCACCUUCUUCCACCGAUAAGAAUUUUUUAAUAGUUGGUCUGUUAACUAUAUUUCAUGCUCCAAACCGUCAAUAACUAAUUAAACCUUCCACAGGUAUCCCAGCCAAGAAAGCCCGCACGUUAGGACCAAGCUACAGCUCAGGAUGCCUCGGUGCCAUCAGUUAUUCCCCUUGUUGUUGCUGCCUUAUGGGAAUUACCAUGACCGGAGAUGUGCGCAUGUUCAAACUGCAUCACCUGGCAGGCAAAGGUAAGUGUUAAUUAAUUGAGUCUCAGUAAAUUGUAGUGAUCUCUAUCUGAUGAUUCUGGAGGGGGACGGGAGGUUGUUUAGUUAGGUACAUUGCUGCAAUCAUUUUGAACUUCACAGAUUCGAGAAUUUAAAGGACGUUGAUGGUACUGAGGAGACCUGAUUGGAGGCAGGUUUGUUAGUUCAUAUCCCCAAUUAAUUGAGGAGAGAUACUAACCGGCGUAGAAAAAUCUAGAUCGAAGUGUAUUCCUGUUCUACAGUUGAUGCGACCAAUCGAAUAUGCCAUAAGAGUGAGCAACAGUACACGAACACGUAAGAAGAAAGCAUUGUUCACCUACUGCAUAACUUUUUGCAAUUUCGUGCUUUUUAACGUUUUAAUAGUAUUCGCACUAUGUGAUUGAUUUUCUGCACAUCAAAACGCGCAUUUGAUCUUUUCAUUUUAUUUCAUAUAACUCAAUUAAUUAAUUAAUUAUUGAUUUUUUUGUAAGAGACAAUGGUAUUUUAUAAUGGGUGUGAGGAUGUAGUAAUCCACGAAUACUUCCGUUGCGGAGUUCAAGGAAGCGUCUGACGCGCCGAUUUUGCCUGGAUAAGACAUACAUCAGCCAAAUCUACAUGUAACGUUCCUGCUUCAGAGCGUUAGCCUAGCAGGCGCUUGGAAGUAAUGGGUGCAAGAAACAACGAGGUGGUUGAGGGAGACAUACAUAUCUCCGACGUCAUCGCGCGGCCCGUUCUUUCCCGCAUAUUACUUCCUAGCGCCUACUACAUGCGCGGGCUGUCAUUUUUUAAUAACUGUGAUCACAUUUGUCAACAGACAGUGAAUUUCACGGUGGGAUGCGACUCAAGCGCAGCCUGACAGACUUGCUGCAAUACUGUCUUCUGACGGGAUGGGAGUGGUGGGAUGUACUUAUGGCGGCACACCUUGGAACACCAACAGGUUACAGAUUUUGUUAUCGCUUUCUUGAGUAAAGCAGACAUCGGGAGAAAUGGCUAUUGAUCUCGUGACAUUAACUUACAGUCGAAGAAAGUUUGUGGGCUUUUUAUAUCCCCAACUGGCCUAUUUUUAUUCAUAACGGUGGAAGUCACUAUACAGCCCUGUCUUAAAAACUCCUGCCCGCAGUCGGCAGCCCUGUGGGCCCCCACCAUAUCAUUGGUUACCACGAACGCGCAGCAGUACUCUUCAUCGUGGAGUACGCGGGUAACACUAACAAUAGCUGAAUCUCUCUACUGUUUCUCUUUUGUGUGGCCAAAUCGCACCUUUACGCUUUUAAGUGCUCCAUACCUCACUGUUAGAAGUUUUAGGGCCUGUUUGCAUGGGUGCCCCACCUCCAUAUAAACAGGCCCUCAGAGCGCAAAGAAUUUAUGCGAAAAUCACUUGAUACCACAGUCCGGGUAUCUGAACAUAUAACUGACUCUACGAUGUGUCUAAAGUUGAAAAUCAAUCUCAAUCUCUCUCUCUUUUAAUUCGACAUCGAGAUUGAGAUUCAUUUCUGUAUGGUUGCUUGCUUGCAGCUACACUUUGUCUGUAGUAUGGGAAAGAAAUCUUUUCAAACCCGAAUCAUUUACAAACCAGCUUGUUUCAGUGAGGCAAGCCAGAGAAAAACGCACAAAAGCAUGAAACUUUGAAAAUCUUGUCAGUGUUCCACUUUCCAAUCGUACUUUCUGUAAAAUAAUUUCACAACCCUCGGGGUCCGCGCGUUAAUAUUGGCCUUAGAAAGAGGAGGAUAGGCUGCGACCGAAGACGUAUUUCCGGUGGUCGCUUUUCUCCCUCCGAAGAAUAAUUUUCGGAGGGAGAGAAGCGACGACCGGAAAUACGUCUGUGGUCAAACCUCUCCGUUUAUAAGCCCUUCUAAAACCCUUUAUAAGCCGCUGAUAAGCGGCGGCGGUUUACGGUUUAUGAUUUAUUCUUUUAUUCACGUCACGCAAUCUGUUGUUGCAUUACUUAGAAACACUAGAUGCGGUUUCAAGACAACUAACAGAUGAAUUCAGCAUCCAGGAAAUCGCUCAACAGCAGAUUCAUUGUUCCCGGUUCAGAGCCAUCAAGGCCAGUCUCCACAAGUGUAUGAAAGACGGUGCAGGACAGGCGGUUGACUGUUAUGUUCGACAGCUUCUUGUUGCCAUAGCAACGACCUUUAGGUCCCUGCUUAGAUCAUCACACGGCGCCGCUGACCAGUUUGCUAGUAAGUUUUCCUUUUGCUGACAUAUUGAAUGACGUGACUUCCCGGCUCUCUAAAGGCAAGUGCUGUUUGAAUGGCUGAGUGUCUGUGUGGAUUGUAGCCUGUUUCAGGUUCCAAGAUACUGAAGUCAGAAAUCGUGAAAACGCCCCCACUAUCCGAGAGCCUGGAAUAGGUUAUUUGGAUUUUUAAGAGAUGUAGACUUACUUGCAACCUGCCAAGAAUGAAAAUCCACAACCAUAAACUUUGACAACGUUUUGCACAGGGGCUCAGACACGAAAUCUCUGUCCCCCAAAUUCACAUCUGACCAUACAGUAAAAGUAGGCCCAACACUCCUGAUCCACACUUAGAAAAGGAGUGACGUACUUACUUUCUGCUAGAUGAAUUUGAUUUGCGAUUUAAUACCUUUCUCGUUUUCUGGUGAAAGCUAGCACCGGCAUGCACAGGACUUGUCUUAAUCAACCCGAAUUUAGUUAGUUUAAUAAAUAAAUAAAUAAAUAAAUAAAUAAAUGAAUAAAUAAAUAAGGAUUUAGAGGUAGCACAUCCACGUAGUGGUUCUUCGUCUGUCAUUCCUGGUCGAAUUGAAAUUUGAAAAUGUUGGGUUUUUAGGAGAUAGGAACACUCCAGCACCCGGAGGAAAAGCUCUAGGAGCGAAGUAGAGAACCAACAACGAAGUCAAACCAGAUAUGGCUGGUAUGGAUUUUAACCCGGGCCACCGUGGUGUUAGGCGAGUUCAUGAUCUCACCACUGCGCCAUUCUUGCUUGCUCCCUAAGUUAAAGUUAAUCUUUUCUUUGUUCAAUUUUUUAAAGAGAUGUCAGCGAAUCAGGAUGUGGAAGUAGACAAGGUCAUUCAAGUUUUGGAUACACGGGAAUUAGCUCUAGAAAACAGUAAGCCACAGAGACUAAGUAAAUUAAAAUACUCUUCAGUAUGGUUGGGAAAAUAAUAUGUAAAGUAGGGGUCUGUUGUUUAGAAUUGAGUACCGACCUGUUGAUUUCCUGAUAUAGUAAGAUUCGGCGAAACAUUUUGAGAGGUGAUAUGGGCAUCCCCUUCUCAUAUUACCUGCUGGGAAACUGCCCACCUACCCCUCCCCUAAGAUGACAUUAGCGAGCUUAAGAAAAGACGUUUUUGAGCGACGCACGUCAACCGGAAGUAAGCCUUUCUUCCUUUUUAUAUGCCUUGACGCUAACAAAUCUGUAUUGCUAAGUUUCUUUUCUCUUAAAAAGACGAUUUACCCGAGUGUUUCACACAAACCAGUGCCCAGUGAUAUAAAAAGUCCACUUCCGGUUGACGUCCGUCGCUCAAAAACGCUGUUGCUUAAGCUCCCUAAUAACACGUACUUCUCACUUAGGUCAAAAUGAUGGCUUAGGGGAGGGGUAGGUGGGCAGUUUCCCAGAAGCCUAAAUUUUUUGCGGUAGCAGAUUUUCAAUCUGCACUUUGUAACAAUAAUAGAAGUAACCAAUAAUUUUUGGCGAAGUCUUAGAACCCUUUAAGUCCCGAGAGUGACAAACAUCAAUUUUCUCCUUAACAAUAUCAAUACCCAAUCAAGAAAAUAGGUUGUGAGAAUUAACAAUGCUUUGAUCUUUUAUCAAACUCUCUCAACUUUUCUAUAUAGAAAUGUAUAGAGAUCAGUUAGGAGAAUUUGUAUGUGGAUAUUAGGGCUUAGAGGGUUAAUGGACAGCCAUCUCUCAGUUUUCUCAGUCGUAUUUUAGCUCGUCGUUUCUCACUUUACUGUCGUAACUUGCAUUGCGUUGAGAAAAUAGAGUAGCAUAAACACUCAAACGUCUUACUGAAUUUUGUUCUUUAAGCAACUGUGUUGUCCAUGUUCCCUCUCAUACAAUGGCUCACUGACCUUGCCAUGUUUGUGGUCGUUACAUUUACAAACCAUCAUAACAAGGAAUCCGCAGGGGUGAGUAGAGUGACAAGAUAUUUCGAGAAAGGUCGUCGGAAAAAAUGUGCACGCGACAAUCCCGAAAGGUAAUAUGGGAUAUGACCAACACACUUCCCGACACUGUAGCUGUCGAGCCUACUUUUGUUACAUUCCUUUAGCACUCGCAAACAUAAGUCCAUGGCCUCUCGUGCCAUUCUUUCAAGUUUCUUUGAAGAACAGUGAACUCAAAACUACCCACAUUAGCUUUCGGGAUUGUCGCGCGCACUUUUUCUGACAACCUUUCUCGAUAUGGCAGUAUUCUGUAAUGGGGUUUGAUGUACGGGGUGGACCGGCGUUAACCUGCGAUUAGGCGUCACGGAAGACAUAAUAGAGAUGCAGUCAAACCCAGUUGAUACGGACACCGGGGGCAUAAAAAGUGUUCGUAUGACCGGGGUUGAAUUUAGUGGGUUGGAUUUAGAGAAAAUUGCUUGCAGGUCUAGUUGAAAAGCUACUUAUGGAAGGUACUGUUAAGUUACUUUCAAUUACACCAAAAAUCGACAGUAAUGGCAUGGAUGCAUGUUGAAAAAAAAUUGUAACUGUUUUUGGUAGUUUGGUGUCGACUUUAUGUGGCAAGACAAAUUUGCCACAUAAAGAUAUUUCAUGGGGGGGGGGGGGGGGGGGAACUGCCCACCUACUCCUCCCCUAAGCUGACAUUAACACGUACUUCUCACUUAGGGCAAAGUGAUGGCUUAGGGGAGGGGAAGGUGGGCAGUUUCCAGGAAAACUGAAUUGAUCCAAAUUUUUUGCGGUAGCAGCACAGGUAGCCCAAGCUCGAAAUAUGAGCAUCGGCGAGCAUCGGCAUUGAUGCGUAACAUUCAAAAUAUAAGGAUGUGUAUGGGAAAAAAACCUAUCGUUUCUGUAACCUACGAUUUUCGUGGGUUACAGAAACGAUAGGUUUUUUUCCCAUACAAAUCCUUAUAUUUUGAAUGUUACGCAACAAGCCGAUGCUCGCCGAUGCUCAUAUUUCGAGCUUGGGCUACCUGUGGUAGCAGAUUUUCAAACUGGACACUUUGUGACAAAGGUAGAAGUAACCAAUAAUUUUUGGCGAAGUCUUAAGAACCCAAAAAAAAAAGGUUGUGAGAAUUAACAAAAUAAUCACCUGAGGGAAAAUGCUUUGAUCUUUUAUCAAACUCUCUCAACUUUUCUAUAUAGAAAUGUAUAGAGAUCAGUUAGGAGAAUUUGUAUGUGGAUAUUAGGGCUUAAAGGGUUAAUGGACAGCCAUCUCUUAGUUUUCUCAGUAGUAUUUUAGCUCGCCGUUUCUCACUUUACUGUCUUAGUUGCAUUGCGUUGAGAAAAUAGAGUGGCAUAAACACUCAAACGUCUUACUGAAUUUUGUUCUUUAAGCAACUGUGUUGUCCAUGUUUCCUCUCAUACAAUGGCUCACUGACCUUGCCAUGUUUGUGGUCGUUACAUUUACAAACCAUCAUAACAAGGAAUCCGCAGGGGUGAGUAGAGUGACAAGAUAUUUCGAGAAAGGUUGCCGGAAAAAAUGUGCACGCGACAAUCCCGACAGAUAAUAUGCGAUAUGAUCAACACACUUCCUGACAUUGUAGCUGUCGAGCCUACUUUUGUUGCAUUCCUUUAGCACUCGCAAACAUCAGUCCGUGGCUUCUCGUGCCAUUCUUUUAAAUUUCUUUGAAGAACAGAGAACCCAAAACCACUCACGACACCUUUCGGGAUUGUCGCGUGCACUUUUUCUGACAACCUUUCUCGAAAUAGAAGUAUUCUGUAAUGGGGUUUGAUGUACGGGGUGGGCGUUAAACAGCGAUUAGGCGUCACGGAAGACAUAAUAGAGAUGCAGUCAGGCCCAGUUGAUACGGACCCCGGGGGGCAUAGAAAGUGUUCGUUUAACUGGCGUGGAAUUUAGUGUGUUGAAUUUAGAGAAAAUGUAAGGGCCGGGAACAAAGCAGACUCUCCAUAUCAAGCGGAUGUCAACUGUAUAAGGAGGGCAUGAUCGCAGUUUAGGUGAGCAUAUACCUUUUUUCAUUUCGCUAAUGGAUUAAGGGCGAAGACCUUUUAAGGAAAAUCAAGUCUGUGAUAAAGCCUCCAGCUGUUGGCUUGGAGGUGGGAGAAGGGAGCUUUCCUCCUCCUCCUCCUCCCCCGCCUUUUCCAAUCCCUUAGUAGAGAGUUUGCUUGCAGGUCUAGUUGAAAAGCUACUUGUGGGAGGUACUGUUAAGUUACUUUCAAUUACACGAAAAAUCGACGGUAAUGACGUGGAUGCAUGUUGAAAAAAAAAAUGGAACUGUUUUUGUUAGUUUGGUGUCGACACUAUGUUGGAAGACAAACUUGUACGAUCUUUCCAGGCGCUACAGCUUUCCUUACUGUCCGGCGGAAAGGUUCUUUUACUUGAUAUGUCUGAUUAACCCGAUUUGCGGCAAGUACUCUCUGCAUGCGGGCAAUUUAAUACUGAUGAUAUGUGGUGUAAGCGCUCUUUCACUUGGUUUAACUGGCAAUGUGGUUUGUGACCGUUUUAGGUUAGCCUGGUUCGUGACACAAGCACUUUGAGCACGUUACGUGAAAUGCUUAUUCUCAUUCGUAUUUGGGGUCAAAGUACUCCAAAUAUACUCCCUACAAUCACUCCAUCAGCAGGUCAGUUUUGUUUUCGGUCUGUCUACUUGUCUAUUUUCUUCUUUGUUUUAAUUAAGUUUUUAGUUUGCCGUUGCCCAAUUUAACUAGACCUUCCUCAGCACGAAAACGCAAACUAGACGCCUGUGUUAGGAGAUAGGAAGGAACGACGUUUCUUAGGUUGUCUUUGAGAGAUAGAGGGGAGAAGCUGCGAGCAGCCUAAAUUUAACUGGGUAAUAGGUCUUGUUUUGUUUGGCAACAUAAAAUGAAUGCUGGUUCAAGCCGACAAUAAAAGACAAAAUGACGCAAGUACAAAUAGGCGUAUAUGUUCACGCUUUGGCUCGGCGCUUUUUUACUUAAUUUUUGACUGACACAUUAUGAGGGUGUUUACUUUGGAAAAGAGCUCUUCCUUAAGUCUGUCACAGUAGUGCACGGAUUAGUUGUCGACCUUAUUUUUGUGCUUAACCCUUUCACACUGGUCAAAAGUGCGACAUAAACAUGGCAAGAACUAACGUCCUUGGUGUUUUCAUACUAGCGAUUGCCAAAUGCUUAGGUCCUUUAUAUACUAUGUUUCAGACAAGAACGAGUCGCUGGCCUUGUUAUUCAAGAUCUUCACAAAAAUCUGGCUUCUGAGCAGACAAGCAAGCACAGAUGAACAAGAUACUGUUGUUGAGGACAGGUUGGCAGGUAUGUUGUCAGUCGCCUAAACUUGUGGUGAAGAUGAUUUCAACUGUGUCAGACCACGAGAAUUCCGCUUUGUUCCAUAGGCAUAGUGUAUUUGAGCGAGCGAAAUACGAGAGCGCGCGUGAAAAUUGUUCUCCUCGCGCGGGAGUUGAAAGAGAAGCUGGUGUAAAUGCGAUUGCGAGUAUAAAGCGGGGGGAACUCCGAAAAUAUAUUUACCGAACGCUAAGAAGAGGUCGCAGACAGCUAGCUAAACACAGGUUUACUUAAUUCAUGUUUAACUUAAUUAGAAGUCAUCAUCUGUGCGUUACACUUACAGUAUUGAGUUGUUUUUAUUGGUGCUGUUUUCCAUACAAAUGUGUCAUUUUAUUCACUUUUUUAUCUCCAUUUGUCUUUUAUAGCUGAAGCUGCUCCUCUUAUCCCUAACUCACCGUUUCUUCAGAAUAUGCAAAUACCAAAUUUGAAUAGAGGUAAUACCUUUAAAAAAAAAGAAAUACAUCAUAACAACAACAACAGCAAUAAUAAUAAUAAUAAUAAUAAUAAUAAUAAUAAUAACAACAACAACAACACUCUCAUGAUUCGUAGCAAACAGCAAAACUGGUAUACUGUCAAAAAGAUAUAGUCUAUUCUCUAUCGCUGCGCUCAGCCGAAUAGAAAAUAUUUCUGUUAUAUUGAAGUAUGAAGAGGCAAAACAACACAAUAAUAAAUGGAGGGAGCCGCCAGCAAUCUAGAGUUUUCUUGCAAGUCUAACUGAAAAAAAAAAUGGUAUACUGUUAAAAAGAUAUGACUGUAUUGACAACCGCUCGACCUGUAUAUUUCAAAGUGAAAACUUGUCUCUCGCUUUCAUUGAUUUGUUGGAACGAAGUCCCAAUCCUUCUAUCUGCGGCUUCAAAUUAAAAAUUUCCUUCUAGUUUGUGACCAGUAGUUUUCUUAGUAUGUAAAAAAAAGGAAAAAUUGAUAUUUCGGAAAUAACGUCUUCUGAGGUCAUUCUGUGACAAAUCAUCGGUGGUUAAUUUUAAUUUAAGACAAAUUUUCAUCUGAGUGUGUAAUUUGAUUUCAGGUGUGUCUGGUAAAGCAGUAAGUGGACAAAUCAAACCUGCGCUGUAUCAGUUUGGUACCCAGCCAGUGUGGUGCACAUCUAAUCAGAUCUUCCACCCAUUUGCCUCCGCCAUUUUCCCAAUAGCUGCUGAUGGCUCACAUACAAUAGAUGUGGUGAGGAGGAUCUUUUUGGAUAAAUCACCAGAGACUAAGCUAAAACAGUGUACUAGGUAUGUUUAGGCUCAGUCGUUGGAACUUUAGCGAUCAUUGUGAUAGCUGAGGUACGCAUGUCAGAAGACUUGAGUUUACUAUCUCAGAUGUGAUUAUCUUUGACGCUAAUAUGCAUGGUUUAGAUCGCUGGACCUUGUGACCAAUUCAAGCUUAACUAACGCAUCAUCUCUGUUAGCUAAAAUGUUCACCGUGCUGUAAAGUGUGUAUGUCUUCAGAGCGAAUCGACUUAAUUUCAGGGCAAACGACGUCGGACAAAUGGACUUUCGAGAGCUGCGCAGAAAGUUGUUUAAGUAAGCUUGCGUCUCAAUCGACGAGAAGGAAAGUAAACAGGAGACGAAUGCUUCGAGAAUGCAUGCAGACUAAACGUUAACGGGACUUACAGCGACUCUAUCUUCCGUGAAUUUACUAUAACUGCGAAGGCUUGCGUUCACAUCAGUAAAGCCAGCUCAAAGUUGUUAUUAGGUAUAGCCUUGUUAGUGUUCCAUCAUCAAACGCACAAAACAGCCAAAAAAUACAAACGAAAGUCCUGAGUCAUUUAAUGGCGCCCCUUUUAAAAGUGUUUCUUAAAAGGGCCUGCUCUUUGGCAUUCUACAAGUAUGUAUGUAUGUCAAAUUGCAUUGCCGUAGGUAAUGGGUUAAAUUGCGUAGCGCGUUUCAUUUUAAUUUGGUUACGUUACGAUAUCCAUGUUCGUCUUCGCACAGAUGGAAGCAUUGUUUCGUCCUAAUCUCUUGAAGGGGAAAAUGUUCAUGGCCUUGUCUCUCGUUUUGUUUUACACAUACAGCAAAAACCAACAGUUCGCUUUUGUCAUCUUAGCGUUUCUCCAGACAACGAUCGAAUAGUAUCCCAUGAUGCAUCUCGCUUUAUCCUAUAUUAUCACUUCGAAUGUGACGUCAUCCUUAUUCUACAGCUCGUGCGAAGUGAAAGUCGGAGAGCUCGCUAUGGAGUACUUCCAAACAAGUCGAAGUUCCACAUCUUCUGCUUUCGAAAAUAACGAGUUAGUUUAUAUUUACUGCGUCUCCAAGGAGAAUUUCAACGUCACUUUGAAAGGCUUUAAAUGUAUUUCACUGAUCUGUCGUCAAAUUCAUGUCAGUUUUGUGGAUGCAAUGGACGAACGAAGAAUAGCUCUCGUCCCUGUGACUGCUGAAAAUUCUGCAGUAGACGAUUUAUUUGCUGGCGUUUCUGUUAAACUCUCAGGAGUCGGAUACGUAAUUCUUGCAGUUUUUCCCUAUGGUACUGCGGUAGAGGGUUAUGUUCAACCUUUUCCCCUCGUUGCCUCAUACUCUNAGGCCUCGGAUAUUUUUGAAAACGAGAUUAAUUUGUCGUUUUCGAAAAGAUAGCGUCAACACGUAGCGUAUUCGAAUCGUUUUCGCCCGUCCACACUAAAACAGAAAUAAAAUAGCAUCCCUUACAGGGCAUGCGCUGUAUGGUCCAUGUCACCUCCGUUUCAAAAAACUCCACUCUGGAGACAGUUUUCGAAAAUCUACGAGUUUGGUGCCCGAAAACGCCGUUUGCCGUUUGCCGUUUGUGUGGACAAGCUCCGUUUUCAAAAAUAUCCGGAUAGGUGUGGCCUCAACUGUCGAGGGUGGGAUUUCGGUUGCACGAGUUUAUCACGUGUUGUCUAUUAACAGGUGCAACUGUGUAGCCCUUGUGGAUGGUGUCAGUGACCAUGCUGCAUCCAAGGUCUGGGAGCAGAGAUGGGUCAGAGCAUGCGUGUGCGGAGGCAGUUGGAAAAGAUUACCCUUUAAAGAACCGCAGACGGUUACCCAUACCACUGUUACAGAGUAGAGUCUCAGGACUUGUGGGGUGCAAGGGAAACGACAACUACCAUGACUAGAGCUUAAACAGGAGCUUUCACUUGAGUAGUGAAAAGUGGGAUUUCAUCCACAGUUAACUCAAAAGUUAGAACCACGUUGUACAGUAUGAGAAAUAGUACUUUAGGAAACUACUACUCGAUAACUAUUUGAGUGGUCUCAGAUUUUUAGAAUUCACCCAGAGCAAAAUGCAAGCUUAAUACCAGCCUUUGAAUAAAAUUCUCCAGUUUCUCUGCCUGAUUUUCUCACCUGAUCCUGAACUGGAAAACCUGUUCACAGGCUGGCUUAACACAUCCUUGUAGAUAAAUACAUAAAACCUUAACUCAAGUCAAUCGCAGUUGUCCUAUGGAUGUAACCGCUCAACAAAAGCAAUCAAUUUAAACUCUGGUAAAAUUUAAAACCAAUAAGUGCUUUGAUUUUUUUUUUUCAUGUUGCAGGAUCUUUUUGACAACGUGGCAUGCCUAACGGGUCAAAUAAGUUUUGUAUUUUUUUUUAUCCUUAGUCACAAAAUGCAUGAUUCAUCUUGAAAAGUUGUCUUUCUAACAGUUUCUUAGAAUUUUGCCAAUGUCUCCUUAUAAGUGUCGUUCAACUACUGACAGUGUUUAACGACACUUUUGUCAUUUAUUUCUAUUGUCGUAGGAUUGUUAGUAACUAUUAUUCUAAAAUCAGUGUUGGUGUGAUCUUUUCCAUUUUGUAAUACUGUUUCUUUACAUGAGACCUUUCUUUAAAUGAAAAUUAUAGUUA